AUUCCGACUAAUCGGUGGAAAAUCUUUUCAGAAAUGAACACCAUCUAUGUCACAUUCCUCGCAGUAAGUACCACCUUUACGUUUAUAGUUAUUAUCCUCGCAUUUAUCCAUCUAUAUUAUGUUUAUAAAUACAUCAGCAAUGAAUUCAUACAAGCUGAUUUCUACUGGCUUGUUCUUAUGUGUCCCGUAAUUUUUAGCUACUUUAUGCUAUGCCUCUUCAUCGUUGUUUCCUUAAUGAAGAGUAUGUGCGGUGGACGAAAUUCUUUGUCCGAAUAUCUUCUAUCGACCAAUCAAAAAAUAUCAUUGCAAAUUCCUCAUAUCUGUAAUUAUUUCAUUUUUAGGACGAAUCUUAGACGAAUUGAAUGGAUUGUACUGCAAACACCAAUCGUACGAGUGACCUUACAGGUCAUCGAUAUCAUUGUUAUAUUGGAACGUGGCACAAAUGACCAUUUAUGGUUCCAUUUAUCAAAUUUAUUUGGUCUUAUAUCUAUGUUCAUUGCUUUUUAUGGUUGUUAUAUAAUCAUACCACUCGGCCAGGAAAAACUAGAACCAUACCGCUUUGCUAUAAUGUUCCGACUGAUUGAUAUAGCUCAAGCUCUUUAUUCAAUUCAAAAGUUCGCAUUUGAUUUAUCCGCAACAUUCGAUAUAUUCAAAGAUGAUCAUUUGCUCUCAGCUUCUUCAAAAGCACAAUUUUAUACAUCCUUCAUGUUGACAUGGGAAAUGGCACUUAUCUCAGCUCUCGCUACAUUCUUUCUACGCCUUUUCAAUGAGUUUUUUUUCCCUUCACCAAAUAGCACCAUAUCAAACCACUUAAACGAACAACCACCAAUCGCCACAAUCGAUAACACUAAUCAACAAUACAGCUUUUGCCUUGCUAAUUUGAACUGCGCCACUCAUUCACCGACUACAAUUCAUUCACGUACAACAGUCACUGGACCACUGCCCAUACAUCUACGUUAA